CAGAGAUGAAGAAAUAGUUCAAUAUUUCACAAAUAAUCACGGGAAAACACACAUGCAUACCUCAUCUUACUUGGUUGGCUUGUAUCUCGGAUAUAUACUUCAUCGUAUUAGAGGGAAAAAGAUGAAUAUGAGUAAGACCCUGGUGGCCCUCGGGUGGAUGCGCCUGUGCGUCGAUGUAGCAGUCGCAACUUUUGGCCUCCACUUCAUGAUACCAAGGCCUCAAGCACAACCUUCACGUGAAAACGCAGCCAACCCCGAAUCUCUCCCGCUUUGUUUCUGGGGACCUGCAACUACCUGAUCAUGUUCGCUCGCCACACGGGCUACGGAGGACUACUUAACCGGUUCCUCAACUGUUACGCUUUUCGGGUGCUGAGUCGAAUUUCGUACUCUACAAAUAUGGCACAUUUCAUUUUAUUGCUGCACAACAGUGGUCGUAGAAGGGUGCCGGUUUGGUUCGAUAUUUUUGCAUGGGUUUUUCGAAGAAGAAGAUGCCUCCUUCAGUGCAUAUUAUCAAUAAAAGCAAGGCUACUUAACCGGUUCCUCAACUGUUACGCUUUUCGGGUGCUGAGUCGAAUUUCUUACUCUACAAAUAUGGCACAUUUCAUUUUAUUGCUGCACAACAGUGGUCGUAGAAGGGUGCCGGUUUGGUUCGAUAUUUUUGAAUGGGUUUUUCGAAGAAGACCAUGCCUCCUUCUGUGCAUAUUAUCAAUAAAAGCAAGUGAGAUUGAUUGAAAUGGAAACAUCAAACAAUAAACAAUACAAUUCUGUUUUCCCUAGCCUUCAUUAUCUUUACUACCAUCUUUUUUAUAAUGAAAUCGAGAGGAUUUCAAAAUCAACGAAGUGUCGACAUUUGAUUGGAUAAUUUGUGAAACUGCAACUUUCAUAAAAAAAAUAAAGCGC